ACCCCACCCUGCUAUCUCCAACCUUGAGGGAUAUAUGUUCUGUGCUUUCUAAUGGACUUGGGUUUUUUUAUCUUUCUUUGAACAAGUGCAAGGUAAGCGUUAAAUACUAUCUAGAAUUUUUCUCAAUCAUAAUCAAGAAUAGAAAAGGUGUUAUUCAAAUUCUGAAGUAUCUUCUUAUUUACUGAAGAAAAUUAAUCAAAUAAUCAUGAAUAUUAUAUCACAAACACAAUGAAAUCACAAAUUAAGAAUGGAUUUUCAUGAGAGAAUUAUUCUUCAUGAAUAAUAUUCGAUUUUUCCUUUCCUUCUCCAAUCUUCAUGAGGGAAUUGUCAUGGUAAGUACUCCAAAUCUAUACUAUAACCUUGACAUGUACGAGUUCAUGGGGAAGUAAGAAACCACAAUAGGAGCACUAGAUGACUCUGAUUUGCUCUUGGGUUUCUCUACGUUAGGCGCUUUCAUGCUGGAGACUUGUACUGAAUCAUCAGCAACUCGGGAAGACGAAGACGAUGAUGAUGAUGAUGAUGAUGAAGGAACAAAGCAACUGAAAACAGCUGACAAGUGAACCAUUUUCUUGGUUUUGAGGACCUGUGGAGUUAGCUUACAGAGAUAGUUUUUCUUGAGCUGAAGAAACAGAGGAAUUUAAUGGCAGAUGGUUUCUGAUUGAUGAAGUUGAAGGUGAGAACCUGUGUAUAUAUAUACAGAAGGAAGAUACAUGAGAACUGGAAGUUUCACUUGAGCUAGUACUUGAUGUGCAAGGAAAGAAAUUCAAAGUUUCCAGGAUUCUGCCAGGUCUGACCACGUAGAGGUACUGACUGGUGAUAGUGAUAUUCCACCUUUGCCCCGGAAAUACACGCAACACUUUCCUUUUACCUGUGCACUCAGUAGCAAUGAAACAAGAAGGCAAGGAGAGAGAAGUGGGCCCUUUUCAUGAAGGAAAUUAAACAAUAUUUAAAGCUUUUUAUGAUUUGCUUAAGUCAACAAUUAGUUAAAAUAGUAAUACGAAUGAAUUUCACAUGGAAGGGCAUUUCGGACAUUCCACGUGACCAGAGAGUUAUCAUGUGAAUGGAAGUUCUCUAGUCUCUUUCCUUCAUCUACUGCAGCAGAGAUAUUUUCCCUCCCACGAAUUUAGCCUUUUGAGAAAUUGAGAAAAUGCCUCUCAAGUUGCUGGAUGCCACCGUAUCAUCCUUCGACGGUGUGUUUCAGAAGUUCAUAUCGGAGGCACCACUAAACAAAGCUAAUUUAAUCCUUUUAUUGGCUGAUAAAGACCCAUCAACCAAUCUCAGUUGGUGCCCCGGCAUACUGAGAGCUGAACCUGUAAUUUACAAGAAGCUGGAAGCAUCAUCAGAUGACAUUACACUCCUGCGAGCUGAUGUUGGAGAUAGACCAACCUGGAGAAAUCCUCAGCAUCCAUGGAGUUUGGACUCAAGGUUCAAGCUCACUGGAGUUCCUACACUGGUCAGCUGGGAGAAUGAUGCAAUCAAAGGUCGCCUUGAGGACUAUGAAGCCCACCUCGAGCACAAAAUCAAUGCACUCGUUUCUAGUAAAAUAAGUCAUAGAUGGUUGGGAAUCUUAUAGAUUGUUGUACUGUAAGCAUUUGCUGGUUUCUCAAGCAACGCUUGUUAAUAAUGUUGAGUUUUAAGCUUUGAGUAUCUAUGAAACUGAUAUGUUGUAAUGGAUUAUAGCUAAUUGGACUAUGAAGAUGUUGGUAGUA